AAAAGAGAUACCCCUUUAAAUACUGAAAAAAAAAAAGUAUUUUGCACGUCAUUACAAACAUCUAACUCCCCAGACAUCAUAAGGGGUGUCAGAUUUUGUCUAAGAACACAUACCAUGAAAUCACCUAAUGUGAAAGAAUUACUAGAGAAUCCUCAAUUUCUUCAAAGUGCCCUGAAGGGAUCAUCCAGAGUGAGUGCGAUGGAAGAUUUUGCUAACAGCUUUUGCGGUUGGAGUUGGGAGGAGAACAAGUUGUUCGAGCUAGCUUUGGCAGUGGUAGAUGAGCAACACCCUGAACGGUGGGAAGUGGUUGCAGCCAUGGUUGGAGGAGAAAAAAGUGCAGGAGAUGUUCAAGAACAUUACGUCAUCCUUCUCCAGGAUUUACUCGUUAUAGAAUCUGGAAAACUGGACCAUAAACUUGGGGAAGUUAUGCCUGUUGUCUUAGUUGAGAGCAAGGAGUCCAUAUGCUUCUCCCACGACGAUUCAACCAUGUAACUCCCUUUUAUUUGGUUCAAACCAUAUUCUUUUAGAAUGGAAGCAACAAAUAUCUGUCAUGAAAUUUCUUGGUCUCGUGUUUCUGUUGAUCAAGCUGUGUGAUUGAUAUGUUGAUUCCAGCUUGGUCAUUCAAUUGGAAAUAAUAUGGUAAUUCAUUUAUGCUUCUCUUGUUCUUUUUUCUCUUCAGUUGAGUAGAAGUCUCACACACCUACCUCUUGAACUUUCUGUGUGGGUGUACUUGAUUUUGUGUUCAAAUCUCUAUAGUGUAGCUGCUGCUUUUGAUUCUUCAUUAUUUCUAUGGGGCAACCAGGUUGUUCUUGAUGUUUGUUUCCCA